UGAUAACUCUCUACAACAAAUCUUCUGUUUCAUAUGAUCACAAGAGCUAAUUAAAUUGUCUCUGUGCAUGCACUUGUGUUUGCUGCACUACGACACAUGCACAAGCUUGUGUAAGGACAACAUGGCUUGUUGUUCUUCUCUCCUCCGGCUGAUGAUUCUGCCGGUUGCUUUUGCUGUCUUGGUCAUCGCUUCGGUUGCUCAUGGCGCUGUUGUGGAGCACACUUUCAAUGUGGGCAACCUAUCCAUAAGCCGGCUGUGCCAACCGGAGAUGAUCAUCACGGCGGUGAACGGGCAGCUCCCCGGCCCGACCAUCAACGUCACCGAGGGCGACACGGUGGUGGUUCACCUCGUCAAUGAGUCACCCUACAAUAUGACCAUUCACUGGCACGGCGUGUUCCAGCGCGGGUCGCAGUGGGCCGACGGCCCAUCGAUGAUCACGCAGUGUCCCGUGGGCCCCAGCGACAACUACACCUACCGCUUCAACGUCAGCGACCAGGAGGGCACCCUAUGGUGGCACGCCCACAUCUCCUUCCUCCGCGCCACCGUCUACGGCGCCAUCGUCCUCAACCCCCGCGCCGCCGCCCCGUUCCCCGCCAAGCCCGACACCGAGCACGUCGUCCUCCUCGGCGAGUGGUGGAACGCCAACGUCGUCGACCUCGAGCGCAUGGCGUUCCUCACCGGCAUCCCCGCACGGAACGCCGACGCCUACACCAUCAAUGGCAAGCCGGGCGACCUGUACAACUGCACCGCCGCGAACCAGACGGAGGUGUUCCGGGUGCGGCGCAACGAGACGCACCUGCUACGGAUCAUCAACGCCGCGCUCAACACGCCGCUGUUCGUCAAGGUGGCGGGGCAUGGGUUCACGGUGGUGGCCGUCGACGCGAGCUACACCACGCCGUACGCCACCGACGUGGUGGUGAUCGCGCCCGGGCAGACGGUGGACGCGCUCAUGGUGGCCGACGCCAACGCCACCGCGUCGCCCGGUGGGAGGUUCUACAUGGCGGCGACGCCCUACGACAGCGCCGUCCCGAGCGGCCCGCCCUUCAGCCAGACCACGGCGACGGCCGUGGUGGAGUACGUCGGCGAGGCGGACGACGCCGUGCCGCCGGUGCUCCCGGCGCGGCCGGACUACAACGACACGGCCACGGCGCACCGGUUCUGGUCCAACCUCACCGCGCUGGUGCUCCCGGGGAAGCCCACGGUGCCGCUCGCCGUCGACACCCACAUGUUCGUCACCGUCGGGCUCGGCGUCUCCGACUGCCAGCCGGCAGAUUCUAACACGGCGCAGCUGCUCUGCAACCGGAGCGCGCCGCCGGUGUUCUCGUCGAGCAUGAACAACGCCUCCUUCGUGGCACCCACCGCCAUCUCCCUCCUCGAGGCGCACUUCAGCAACGCGUCGGCGGGCGUCUACACCCGGGACUUCCCGGACACGCCGCCGGUGGUGUUCGAUUACACCGGCGACGAGAGCGACAACGCGACGAUGCAGUUCACGACCAAGUCGACCAAGGUGAAGACGCUGCGGUACAACGAGACGGUGGAGAUGGUGCUGCAGAACACGCGGCUGAUCGCCAAGGAGAGCCACCCGAUGCACAUCCAUGGCCUCAACUUCUUCGUCCUCGCGCAAGGGUUCGGCAACUACGACGAGGCCACGGCGGCGCCGCUGUUCAACCUCGUCAACCCGCAGGAGCGCAACACCAUCGCCGUACCCACCGGCGGCUGGGCCGUCAUCCGCUUCGUCGCCAAUAACCCUGGGAUGUGGUACAUGCAUUGCCACUUUGAAGCUCAUAUUGAGUUCGGUUUGGCCAUGGUGUUCGAGGUUCUGGACGGGCCGACACAGGAGACUUCGUUGCCGCCGCCACCGGCCGAUCUGCCACGCUGUUAAUUAAACUAUGGAAAAUCUCUCUCUCUUUCUGUCAAUAAGGAGUUAAUUUGUUCGUCUGUUUGCAUAAAUGUAUUGUACUGGUACGUCACUUCGGAUCAAGCAAGUGUGACAACGACGUGAUUAAGGCUUUCUAUAGUUAAUUAAUUAAAUUAUUCGUUAUAACUUGAUUGGUUACCUGCAUUGAGUACAUGCAGGUUAGUGUGGUCAUUGUAUUAUUGUGACGUUUGUCGUGUGUAACAUUAUACGUUUUAUAAGCCUGUUGUAAGUUGUAAUAGU